UCUUGUGCUUACAUUGUGCUUGCCUCCCCAGGCUUGGUGUAAGAAACAAAAAUAGGCAUUAAUGCUUCAUUCUGUAGCAUGCAGCUGGCAGAGUAAAUCUUGAAAGGAGCCACUUAAGACUAGCACAAGGAGUUUGCUUCAUCCUGGGCUUACAGGAGUCAAGGUCAUGAGUUUCCUUCUCGGGAGGACUCCUUGGAGCAUCCCCGCCCUGCCCCUGGACGGACUGCUCCACGAUGGAUGGGGGAGAUGGUACUGCUGACCUCGUGAUUAACAAGAGGUUUGUGUCUGAAUCGGAGCUAGAGGAGCGACGGAAGAGAAGGCAAGAGGAAUGGGAAAAGGUCCGAAAACCUGAGGAUCCAGAAGAGUGCCCAGAGGAGGCAUAUGACCCACGUUCGCUGUAUGAAAGACUCCAGGAACAGAGAGAAAAGAAGCAGCAGGAGUUUGAGGAGCAAUUUAAAUUCAAAAACAUGGUAAGAGGCUUAGACGAAGAUGAGACGCAUUUCCUUGAUGAGGUUUCUCGGCAGCAAGAGCUACUGGAAAAGCAACGAAGAGAAGAGGAGCUGAAAGAGCUGAAUGAAUACAGAAGCACUCUCACCAAAGUGGGAGUCAGUAUGGACCCAAAGAAGGAAACGGAGAAGAAAUUGCCCAUGAAGUCAGUGGAAAACAAGAACAAAUUCUCUCAGGCAAAGCUGUUGGCAGGCGCUGUGAAACACAGAAGUUCGGAUGCUGGUAACAGCAUGAAGAGGUUGAAGCUAGAUACUGAUCAUGACGAAAAGAACCAAGAGAAGCCAUCCUGCGUUCCCCUGGGGAGCAGCUCGGUGGGGGGCUCCACAGUCCACUGCCCCUCAGCUGCUGUGUGCAUUGGGAUCCUGCCCGGCCUGGGCGCCUACUCGGGAAGCAGCGACUCGGAGUCCAGCUCAGAUAGUGAAGGCACCAUCAAUUCCACCGGGAAGAUCGUGUCCUCUGUCUUUCGCAGCAACAGUUUCUUUGAUGGCCCAUAACGAAAUCCCUCCGUGUGUAAUGUAGUGCCGUGUAUCUUCCAAAGCCCUGGCGGAUGCUCGGUGCAUCCUUCUGCCCCAAGUGUAAUCUUUCUCGCUAACCUCUCGACUUUAACACACUCAGAUACCCCUAAAAUAACUCAUGAUAUUUUUUGUUUCCCCCCCUCCCCCUGCAACUUCCCAUUUCUGGGGUGCAUCCCGAGCCUGGAGGGAAGGCUGCCGUCCAAAACCAGCAGGCACACCUGGUGACAUAACGAAGGUCUGAGGGUAGGGAGCAGAGCGCUUUAGCUGUUAAAAUUCUUACAGAAAGGAAGAAUUCUGGUAAUUUAAGAAGUUUAUACAAGACUAACAGGCGAAAAAUACUCCCUUAAAGCAGUGAAGUCUUGUAGAAACAACCAUGUGUUCUGUUUUAAAAUGUCAUUUUUAUUCUUUCUUUGAGAAAUGGGGGCAGAACAAGAAUCAAGCAGAUGGUGAAGCGUAGAUUGCCAUGACACUGUAAAGAAGUUUUAGUGUUACAUGAUUAAAGACAUGCUGAAUGCAUUUCG